AUGGCGGCUCCCGAAGCCGCCGUCCAGGAUACAGUAUUCCGUACGGCAGCGCCGCCUUCAGAAUGUGAACCACGCCCCUUCCCGCCCAGCUCCCGGAAGUUGGCUUUUGAAACCCAGGCGGCAGACCCAGCAGACUGCUUGGCGGUUGGUGCUGAGCAUCUUUUGAACACGAACAAGGAGGACUGCGGGCCCGAGCGGCAGGCGCCUGGGGCCCAGGCGGACCACCCCGUUACGAUGCCCGUUAUGAAGGCCAGUGUGGUCAAGAAGGGGUACAGCGUGCAGCCCCCCUCGGUGCGGAGCAGCGGCAGCCAGCCUGCAGAUAUGCAGACUCAAGCCACUUCUAAGAGCUUAUUACCAAUUAAAUCAAAAGAUGUUGAUGUAUCCAGACAUCUUCAUCCAGGAGAUUCAGAGACUGAUGUAACAAAAGUCACCAAACCGAGACGAGAGAAUGGGCUGACAAAAGCUACUGAGACUGCUAUCAGGAAGAAUGUCAGAAAGGGCUAUAAACCAUUGAGUAAGCAGAAACCAGAGGAAGAGCUCAAGGAUAAGAACCAGCUCUUAGAGGCUGUCAACAAGCAGUUGCAUGAGAAGUUGACUGAAACACAGGAAGAGCUGAAGGACCUAACCCAGAAAGUGGAGCUGCUGGAGAAGUUUCAGGGUAACUGUUUAGCAAUUUUGGAGAGCAAAGGCCUCAACCCAGGCAAUGAGACCCUGGAGUCACAGCAGGAAUCCACUACAGAUCACACGGACUCCAUGUUGCUGCUAGAAACUUUGAAAGAUGAACUGAAGACUUUUAAUGAAAGUGCCAAAAAGCAGAUGGAGGAGUUACAGGCCUUAAAGGUAAAGUUGAAAUUAAAAGAAGAAGAAAGGGUCCGAUUUCUGGAACAGCAAACUUCAUGUAACGACCAAGUCAAUGAUUUUUCAGUAAUCCUAGAGGAAAUGGAGCAGCUGUUAGAAAUGUAAUAAAAAAGCAAGUGGUCAGAAGGCUCCCUUUUAUGAAUAAACUCUCAAAGGAAGCCUCUUAGGAUAUCAUCUUGACCAUGAUCUUCAAGGACUCACCGUCCCCAGAGUGAAAACAGUUUCUGCAAUAAGAUUAAGGGCAUUUUAUGCUGGAAUGGGGUUUCUCCCUCAAGCAGGUUUCCCCACCUUCAGCUUGGAAUGCUUUCCUAAGUCUUACAUGUAGCUAAUGCAAGCCUGCGAGAGUGGGAUCAGGAAGCUUGACUCUUCCUCUUGCAGUACAUCAUUAGAAUAAACUUGACUCUACCUCCUGGAGUACAUCAUUAGAAUCAAGAGACUAAACCAGCCACCACCAGAAGAUCUAGAAGACCGCAUUCAAAUUUAUGGAAGACACCCUUCAUUACAAUAGCACACGUGCCCUAGGGAGACAUCACUCAGCAGCUAUGCUGUCUCCUAUCUUGGAACACAUUCUCUCCAUCUAGUUGGGCGAAAUUUAUGAACUUGAAAUUGCUUAACGUUUUUCAGCUUAAUAAAUGGGGUGAGGGCAUACAUAGUAAUAACACACCUGAAACAAUACAUCGUGGAGCUUUU